AUGCCCCGCAGAAAAGUCUUAAAAUACAACAACAUCAAGCAUCGGCAAGUUCUCGCCCAAAAGCUCGAAGCAGCGAAGUUUCAGGCCAUCUUCUUCGCCGAUGUCCCGGGAGGCUACGAUGUCUACAAAGGGCCUACGAGCCUCGAACCAGCUAUUCCUGCCACUGCUCAAUUCCCCGUCAACGACCCUUUGUACAUCAUUCCUGCCAUUGCCGGAGUGACAGAAAGUAUAGGCUUCGGCGUCACCGUGUCGACUUCUUACGAACAUCCCUCCGCCAUGGCAUGCAAAUUCUCGGCCGUCAACCAAUCGAGCAACGGAAGGCGGCGCGGAAUUGCGGCCUCAGUACACAAAGUCGAGCAUGAUAAGCGGUACAACAUUGCACACGAGUAUCUCGAGAUCACAUAUGAAUUUUGGGAAGAGCCUUGGAGGGGUGAUGCUGUGGGCGCAACGCCGAAGGGCAGCUCUGCGGACCCGAAGGGUUUGAGGCAGAUCAACCAUAAUGCACGAACGCGAGAAGCAACAUCUUACGAAAGAUAA